AUUCCCAAAUCUCACCGCUUCCCUCCUUCUCCACCAAACUUCAAUUUUACUAAUUUUUAAUUGUUUUUGGAGUAAAGUUCAACACCAGUAUGGGAAGCACUUGGAUUUCCAUUUCGGUUGUGCUGUUCUUAGUUUCAUUGGGAUUGGAGUGUGGAUUGAUUGACGGAGAAACUGUUACCUACGAUAGGAAGGGAAUCAUCGUGGACGGCCAGAGAAAAAUCCUGCUGUCUGGCUCCAUACAUUACCCCAGAAGCACUCCAGAAAUGUGGGAGGAUCUCAUAGUGAAGGCUAAGAAUGGCGGAUUGGAUGUUAUUGAUACUUAUGUGUUCUGGAAUGGACACGAACCUUCUCCCGGCAAUUACAAUUUUGAAGGGAGAUAUGAUCUUGUGAGAUUCAUCAAGACUGUGCAGAAAGUAGGGCUCUAUGUUACUCUUCGAAUCGGGCCUUACGUUUGUGCUGAAUGGAAUUUCGGAGGUUUCCCGGUGUGGCUAAAAUACGUGCCGGGGAUUAGCUUCAGGACCGAAAAUGAGCCCUUCAAGGCGGCAAUGCAGCAGUUUAUGCAGAAAAUUGUCGGCAUGUUAAAAAGUGAAAAUCUGUUUGCCUCACAGGGGGGCCCUGUUAUAAUAUCUCAGGUUGAAAAUGAAUUUGGGGCACCGAGGAUUGCUCUCGGACAGGCCGGCGAUUCUUACAUGAAUUGGGCUGCAAAAAUGGCGGUCGGAUUGGAUACCGGCGUUCCAUGGGUCAUGUGCAAGGAUGACGCGGCCCCUGAUCCUGUAAUCAAUACUUGCAAUGGGUUAUACUGUGACUAUUUUUCGCCGAACAAGCCUUACAAGCCGACUAUGUGGACCGAAGCUUGGACCGGCUGGUUUACCGAAUAUGGGGGCCCGAUAUAUCAACGUCCCGUUCAGGAUCUUGCAUUUGCAGUCGCUCGAUUUGUGCAGACUGGUGGUUCGUAUAUAAACUAUUACAUGUUUCAUGGAGGCACUAAUUUCGGGCGAACUGCCGGAGGACCCUUUAUUACAACCAGCUACGACUAUGAUGCCCCGAUUGAUGAAUACGGUUUAAUCAGGGAGCCGAAGUUCAGUCACUUGAAAGAACUCCACAAGGCCAUUAAGCUCUGUGAGCAAGCAUUGACCUCAUCCAAUCCGACCAUAACGUCGCUAGGAACGUCCCAAAAGGCUUACGUAUUCUCCACCAGCCAAGGACAUUGCGCCGCAUUUCUUUCCAACUUAGACGGCAAUUCAUCUGCGAGAGUGGUGUUCAACGACAUGCACUAUGAUUUACCGCCUUGGUCGACUAGUAUACUUCCAGACUGCAAGAACGUAGUGUUCAACACCGCAAAGGUCGGCGUUCAAACCUCACAAGUUCAGAUGGUGCCCGCGAAUUCGCAAUUUCAAUCAUGGGAGACGUACAACGAGGAUAUAACUUUGCUAGAGGACAAUGCUUUUGCAGCUUCCGGACUUCUCGAGCAAAAAAAUAUCACCCGGGAUAGCAGCGAUUACCUGUGGUAUUCAUCUCGCGUUCAGAUAGGUUCAUCGGAAUCAUUUCUACGAGGGGGAAAGAAACCGACUCUGACUGUGAACUCUAGAGGCAAUGCAGUGCAUGUCUUUGUCAACGGUCGCCUUGCGGGUAAGACAUCUUGA